GAGGCUGCCGCAGAGGCAGCGGAGCCUGCCGGGUCGUGCUGUAUUGCGUCGCUCAGCGUAAGGAUGAGCGUGGCUUGUCUGGCGAUGUCGGUAUCUCGCGCGCGUUUGUUAUCUGCUGAUCGCGAGGAUAUGCUGCCGCGGAACCGAAGCCCUCUCCAGUGCGUCGGUGUGCGGUCGUCCUGACGCGAUGUCGGCGGGCGACGCGAUGUCGGCGGGCAACGCGACGGCGGCCGACACGCUGCAGGCGUACAGCAUGGGUACCUACUUCUCGACGUCCGUGUGCCCGACGUGGCUGCCCACCAACCACAUACUCUUCCAGUUGGCCAACAUAUUCCUCUUUCUCUCGUACAUGGCGCCCGCGGGCCUCUAUGGGCUCCUAUACCUGCGUGUGUGCCUGACAAUAGGCAGCUUUUUCUUCGCCCUCUGGGGCUACGUAAUUUUGUGCGCCUUCGACACUAUGGUGUGGAACGCAUUCUUCACUGCCAUCAACCUAGUGCAUGUGUGCGUGCUAAUGUAUGUACUGCGGCCGGUGCGACUGGCGCCCCACAUGGAGGUCGUGUACCAGGAGCUCUUCCAGCCGCUCAAAGUGUCGCGCCAGCAGUUUCAGGCGGCGGCAUCCUGCGUCAAGACUGUGAAGGAUGUGCAACCGCAGGAGACGUACGCCGUGGAGCGCGUGACGCGCGCCGAUUGCCUGACGCUCGUGCUGAGCGGCAGAUUCCUCGUCUCGCACAAGGGCCGGCCGCUGCAGAUCGUCGAUCGGCUCGAGUUCCUGGACUCGCCCGAGUGGUUCGGCGUGUGCGGCAGCGGCGACGACAACUUCCAGGUGACCAUGACGGCGAUGGAGCGCUGCCGCGUGGUUGUGUGGAACCGCGACAAGCUCAAGCUCACCAUCAGCGGCGACACCUUCCUCCAGGCCGUGUUCGACAACGUGGUCGGAAAGGACGUGGUGCGCAAACUACUCUUCGUCACCGAAUCAACUCAGAACAACCCGCACGCCGAGAAUGCGACCGAGACGACCAAGCUGCUCAUCCAGAUGAAAGAGAACGCUGUUCGCGCAGCGUCUCGCGGAGAGAAGGACGAUGCUCUGGUGAGCGUAUGGAGCUGGGGCCGGCGACCUUGCUAUCGUUCAGACCCAGAGACAGCAGUCUAACUCACCGGUACCUCAUUUGCUGCGAGGUCACACAUCAUGGUUGCCAAAUGCAUUUUUCGCCAUUAAACUGUUUUUCCGUGUUUCAAA